AUGGUACAACAAUAUGAGGCAAACCUUAUCAUUAUCAAUUUAUCAUUUGCAUGUGGAUGGAAACCACCUGAUGGACAUUGGACACCACCUGAUGCCAGUCGUAAAAAAACUAACCACUACUAUAUGACAUAG